AUGACACGUGCCAGGACGAGCCGUCGGUGGUUCAACGCGUGUUGGAAAGCCGGCGAGCUGACGGGACCCCUCGCAGCAGCAGUGGCCAGGAGGCUUAGCACAGCCUUCCGAGCUGCAGCUCGAAGAGGCGCCAGCCCGCUGCUCAUGGGUGAGGGGGGACCUUCUCUUGAAAGGGCUUUGACAACAGAGACGGGGGAAGUAGAUUUCAGAGUUCACUUUGGUGACGGUGCAACCGUGCUGCUCGCCAUGAAGGAGGCGGGUUUGUUCGAGGACACGUGCGCUGGGGCUGCUGCCCGAGAGCUACAGGAAGCUACGCGAGCUGUUGACUGCAACAAAGCGGUAUUUGAGGAAAAUGCAGAAGACGUCAAGGCGGGUCUUCGAGGAAGGAGACGCCAGCGAGAUCGUCGGUAUUUGAGGAAAAUGCAGAAGACGUCAAGGCGGGUCUUCGAGGAAGGAGACGCCAGCGAGAUCGUUGCGCUGGCUUGGCCGCUGGCCUGCGUUUCUGCAGCCGUAAAGAUUCCGGCGCCGCAGAUAAGCGAAGAUAACGGUGGCCGUGGCUCGCUUGAUUGCUUCACCAGCAAAUACGAUGAUAUGAAAAUGUUGCACAGAGACAGAGAUGUUGUGCUGCGGUUGGCCAAAGCUCAAAUCCAUCGGGCUGUCUGCUCGCGGUUACCCUGUACUCCUUUCGACCUUGCACUCGGUUUCGCCGGAUUAGAACGGCUGGGGCAGAAGAGCUGCGCGGAAUACGUGUUGACUGCUUUUUCUACAACAGCAGCUGGGGCGAGUUGCGAGGAACUCUGUCGUCUAGGCCGAGAUAUUAUGCUGGCCGGUAUUCGGCAGAAAGCGUUGUGGGAGGCCUUCGCCGAUGCAGUGCAAACUGCUGCGGAACAGCGGCGGCAAACACCACCUAGCCAAGAGCACAACAGCAAUUCUCAGCGCAUCGAAGCCGAGUUGGCCCAGUGGCUGCGAUUUUGUGGCCGGAUAGUUUAG